AUGUUACUUGACGUGGAGGAAUCCUUCCAUACAGACAUCAUCGAUACAACAUUCAGCGGUAUAUCCAAGUCACUGGUUCGUCCUCCUACUUCGUUCAAUACUAUCAAAGACCGGUUGCCUAAUCUAAGCGGAACAGCAGUAAAGCUGCUCAAAGGACUGAUGACAUAUGAUCCCCACGGGCGUUUGUCCGCUAGAGAUGCGCUGUCGCACCCUUACUUCAGAGAGGCACCGACACCCACCUCCUCUGAAAUGCUGCCCACAUUCCCGGAGCAUCGGAAUGCAACGAAAUCUACACCGAGCACGCGACGAGCUAAGAGCAAUCUGAGCAGCUGGGACCUCAAACCCAAAGCCCGGCACGCAUACCAAGGUCACACGUGAGUAUGUCUAUUCCGAUAUUACAGUCGUUUUGCACAUAUCUGUGAAUCGCUGGCGUUGCUAUACGGAACUCUAUUAUGGUCACGCUAAGCCCGGAUACUCAAAGUUAUCCGAAGCAGUAUCGAGAAGAAAAACCAGAAGUGGCCAUCCGGCAGGUUUUCAGUUAUCGAGCUGUGUUACUUCCCGUCCUCCAGUACUCGCUACCUCGGUUCAGCUCGGGUGCAAGCGUGCCCUAUCAUGACAUAUGCUGCUAUCACGUCAUUAGACCGCGGAGACUUAAAGAACCUGCCUUCAAUACAAAGUGCGCGGCAGCAAAGCUUCUGCCAUUAAUCUGUGGAUUGGGACGCUAGCUAUACGAGAUUGUCAGCCGAAUCACGCAACGCUCCCCAAAUUGCAAUAGUGCAUUGUGAGUUGCGCUAGAAUCUCAUUUUUGGGGUGUUCCGAAUUCAUCGUUGUAUUGGUUUGGGCCAGUAUCUCGCUGUAGGUAACACAACUUGCUGGUCUGAUCUGCCCGUUCCACGCAUUGGACUCGCCCGCUCGAUCGAGAGCUACCAGUUCGUUGUACUUUCUGCUGCGCUUGCAUAACUAUACUGUAUGCACCCAAGUUCGGCGUAUGUUAUACAACUUUGACGAUAUGAUGAACAUUUUUUUAAAUUGUCUAAAUCGAAAUGGACAAUACCCAAUCCUUUGAGCGUACGCGGGUGUGGUAUACCUGACACGUAUGAGGAGUUUAUAGGGUAAAAUUUGUCCUUAACAGUGCCUGUUAGAUAUACUAUUUACGGCUGUGGAAAUCGGUUUGAGCCUUAAACCGAUCGCAUGUUCUCCGGCGUUGUGAGGUGCAGAGCACGGCAUACACUAUUUAUAUGAGGGAAUGCAUCCUACUCUAUUUUCAAGUAAAGCCAUCGC